UUCUGCUUCUGUGGUCAGUUGACUCUUGUCUUUGUUUUGUACUUAAUUUUGAUUUGUGUUGCGUGAGCCGUGAGUUGAGUUGUGAUUUGUGAAAUUAUUAUUCUUUUGCACUUGUGCACCUGAUUCUUGAAAUCUCGUUGUGGCGUGGUAUUUUUUUCUAAGAUAUUAUAAGAAUAAGAGUUGAAACUAACAUCCACUCAAAGAAAAUGUCUGAAGUGCAAGACAAUGGUUUCAGUGAGCCAUCAUCGAUUGAGCCAGAACAAAGACCUAACGGCGGUGGAGAUGGUGAUGAAGGCGACGCAUGGGGAGGCGGAAGUCACGAAUCUUCGUCGGCACGUCGCUAUGCUAGGAUGACAGUAGACAGAAAUGCUGCCUAUUAUAACAUGAACCAUAAGAAUCGAGGCAUGGCAAUAAUCUUCAAUCAUGAACAUUUCGAUAUACACAGUUUGAAAUCUCGCACAGGUACAAAUGUCGACAGCGACAACUUGGCUCGUGUGUUAAAAGGCCUGGGAUUCCGCGUGACCGUUCUAGUCGACCGCAAAGCUGAUGACGUUAACAAGUAUCUUCAGCAAAUAUCUGAAAUGGAUCACACCGACAACGACUGCUUGCUCAUUGCCGUGCUAUCCCACGGAGAGCUGGGGAUGUUGUAUGCAAAAGACACUCAUUACAAGCCAGAUAAUUUGUUUUAUCACUUCACCGCAGAUAGGUGCCAAACAUUGGCAGGAAAACCGAAAAUCUUCUUCAUACAAGCUUGCCAGGGCGACAAAUUGGAUGGAGGAAUAACCCUCUCCAAUAGAACUGAGACGGAUGGCUUGUCUAGUGCAUCUUAUAGAAUUCCCACUCAUGCUGACUUUUUGAUAGCCUAUUCAACCGUACCUGGUUAUUAUUCUUGGAGGAACACCACCAGAGGUUCCUGGUUUAUGCAGGCUUUGUGUGAAGAGCUUCGAUACUCAGGUGCUGACCGAGACAUCUUGACUUUGCUUACAUUUGUGGCACAGCGGGUAGCUCUGGACUUUGAGUCCAACACCCCAGACAUGCCGACCAUGCACCAACAGAAACAGGUGCCGUGCAUCAACAGUAUGCUCAUAAGACUGCUUGUUUUUGGAAAGAAGUAAAAAAUUGCUAGUUGAAACCAAAAAAUUAUAGCAUUUUAUCUUAUGUUGUAAGCAUGGUUUGCCAUCUCCAUUCCUUGUUCUUUUUAUUACAUAUUAGGAUAUUCCAUUCCUAUUUUAUUUUGCAUAAUUUAUAUGUGUUUUAGAUAAUUUUAUGUUGUAGGAUCUGUAUAGUCUACAGAAUUGAUUUGUGGAUUGAUAAGUCUGUCUGUUAUAAUCCACAGAAAUUGAAUGAUCUGAUUGCUAUUUGCUAUUGUCAGCUAUGAUAAGCUAAUUGUUUAAAGUUUAGAAAUUGAUCACCUUGACCACCUUAUGGCAAAAGGAUGGGGAAAGAGGGAAAGAAGUAUAUUUUUAUGUAUUAUUUGAGUAGCAAAUUAAUAAAAGCUUUAUCAAAUCUAAGGAAAAUUAAUAGUUUUGUAAAUUAAAGAAUACACUCGAGAAUUAAACAAUCAACUAUUGAGGUGAUUGGAUUCUAAACUCAACCAACUUUGCGUGCUUACAAAAUUCCUAAACUUAUUUCUGUGGGUUGUAAUGAUCUCACAGAAUUUAAUGAGAUUUUCAUUUACGUAAUUAGUAUAUAUGAAUAUUAUCUUUAUUUAGGAUGCAUUUUUCUUAUUAAUGAAAAUGAGUAUAGGUAAAAUAUUGUUAAAAUUAAAUAUUAAUGCUGAACAAAAAUUUAUUGCUCUAAAAAUAAUAUAGCUUCAAAAAAAUUACUUAACUUUUAGAUGUGUCUGUUAAGUAAAAAAGUGCACAAAAUAUACAGUAAGAAUAAGUAUCAUCAAGAUAUGAAUUUAAUUUGAAUUGGUUUCAGUAUUACCUGAUAUCUAUAUUCUAUACAGUAAAAUAUAUUGCCUUUAAAUGAAGUGCUUAGAUUUUAAUAUUGGGCUCAAGUUUAGAUAAAAGUAUUAAAUGCAAUAUCAAGCUUUUGUAAUAACUUUUUAUGAUUACUAACAAUUUAUAUUGUGAUAAACAAAUGAUAAGUCUGUUGUUAAACAUAAUGUACUUAAGAAAACUGCCAUUAUUAUAAAUAGAUUACAAUAGAAAAAAUAAUAAGAUACCCACAAUGUUCAAUUCAAUUAAUCAAUCCCAGUUCACUUUUAUAAUUUCUAAUAUCAAUAUAAUAAUUAUGUUUAAAUACAUAUCAUUCAGUGAUAUAUAUUUAUGUAAACUGAAAAUAAAUGAUUAAGUAAUUAUGUAUUUUAUAGUAAUUUUUUAAUUUGUUUUGUGUUUUUAAAUUGUAAUUGAGCACCACAUUCAGUUAAGAAUAUCAAACAUUUAUUUUUCUAUAAAUAUUAUGAUUGAUUCUAGAAUAUCUUAAAUUACAUUGAUAUUUUAUUGAUACUUUAAUUUGGGUUUGCUCUAUACAUUAUAGAGUAAAUAUUUUAAUGGUUCAUGUUUUUAAAAAUAUUAUUUUUUAGUAAAACUAAGUACACUAAAAUGUUAAGAAUAAGUCUCUUUACUCAUACCUUUAAUGCAUUAGAUUAGACAAAUGGCAUUUAUUUGCUGUUUUAUCAACUUACCACCUUUUUACUUGUACCAAUAACAAAGAUAGGCUUGUGGGAGUUGCAUGAAGUUUGCCAUUUUAGUUUUAUACUUACUAAAUUAAUAAUAAUAAUGAUUUAAGUAUAGUUCAAUCCUUGUUUACCUCACAAAAAUAAUAAUUGGAAUGAAUUUAAGUAUGUGAUAUCUGUAUGACUGAUAUUAGGGUAUGGUAAGAUUAGAGCGAAAUAUCUGUGAAGAGAUUAAAUAUUUAUAUGUAUUAAGGUCCCUUCUAAAAACGUGCCUUGAAAACAUAAAAAAUAAUUUACUUUUUGUAUAUUUUAGUAGAUGGUCUCAAAUAAUAAUAAACUGGAUGAAUCUCUUCAUAGAUUUUUGCUAUGCAACGAAAUGACGUAUUUUGUUAAACAUUAUUUUUGUAUUUUGAGUAUCUAAGCAAUAAAUCCCUUCGAAGUU